CUGAUCACUUUUCAGAAUGAGUUCAUUCCUCUCGGAUUGUCGUCUUACUACAGUAAAGGACGGAUCUCUCUGUACGUAGUGAACACCCAUCCUGAUCGGCAGUGUGUGGAGAUUUUCACCUACCACAAGGAGAAGAACCUGUUGUUUUAUAGGAAAUCAGUCUGUGAUCCUAGGUUUUCCAGUAUUUCUGACAUUGUCGUGAUUGGAGCGGAUCGAUUUUUUGUCAGUAAUCUAGCGUAUAUGUCAAGAGGUUAUUUACAGACGGCGGAACUGAUGAUGCAGGUAACUAUUUUUGGUGCGUUGUACUUUUUCGAUGGGCGAAAUGUCUCAUUACAAGAAUCCCAACUUUCGUCGCCAUCAGCUCUUGCCAUUGAUCGACGACGACAACUGAUCUAUGCGGGUUCAAUGCUCAACGAAAAUAUUCGCGUCUACAAGUUAGAAAGGGAUUUUUCGCUCACAUUUCGAACGCAGAUCUCAUUACUCUCGUCACCAGCUGGAAUGCAUGUGGACGAAGAGACCGGUGACAUUUGGGUAGCUUUGCAUCCGGUACUCUAUCAGGCCUUUUUGGUCACCCUCAGCCCUAACGAUGAAAGGAUUCGUAGCCCAAGUCAAGUGUUGCGGGUUAGAAUGCAGGAAGAUGGAGUAAGCUGGGUAAUUACGGAGCCAUAUGCUAACGAUGGCGCGACCAUAUCAGCAAGCAACGCUGUGGUGUAUGACAAGGAACAUCUGGUUGUUGGCUCAAUGUUCAGUCGGCUAUUGCAUUGCGACGUGUUGAAUCCUUCAAUAACAUAA